AUGGCAAUCAGUAACUUACAACCUGUUGCCUACAUCGUUAUAUCUCUUGCGUUUGCCGUUGGCACUAGCUCAAUUUUCUUGCGAUUGUACUGUCGAGCAAUCUUGUUAAGGACUUUUGGCCGCGACGAUGUUGCGGCAUUACUUUUGUUGCUGGUCAACACCAUGCAGCAGACCAUCUUGUACAUAUUCUUGCAUUACGGCUGUGGCCUACACGUGAGUACUCUGAACGAUUAUCAAAUUUACAAUAUCGAAAAGUGGCUCAUCGUCGAAGAAAUAUUUUAUAUGUUUACUCACUGGACCAUCAAGAUGUCUUUUCUCUUUUUCUAUCUUCGUCUCUCCCCAGACGCCAACUUCCGACGACUGGUCUAUGGUACCAUGGCUCUCAACACCAUGGUCACCAUCACAAACUGGCUACUAGCAUUUUUGCAAUAUAUCCCAUUUGAUGCUGUACUACAUCCUGAAAACUAUCCAGAUGCAAAAUGUAUCGAGGAAGAUAUAGUCUUGAUGCUGCCAUCAGCUCUGAAUACAAUAACUGAUUUGGCUAUUCUAUUCCUUCCAAUUCCCACUGUCAUGUCGCUUCAAAUGCCCUUUCGCCGGAAAAUGGCCGUUCUCAGUGUGAUCGGCUUCGGUGCCUCCGCCGUCAUUGUUGCUCUAUGUCGUUUCGUUGUACUCAAAGAGCUUGGAAGCACCGAUUAUAUUUCUUAUAUCCUCGGCAAUAUGGUAGUUGUUGCCGCGCUUGAGAUUCAGUCAGCUGUGGUUGCCGUGAACUUGCCAGCUAUGAAAGCCCUCUUUUCGCGGGUAAUUGAUCUUUCUGGGUACUCGAAUGGCAGUGCAGGCUACAAAUUGUCCGAGAACCCUUACCACUCAGCACCCGUACCACUCAGCACCCGAGUUGGCUAA